AUGAAGUCCAUACCAUACGAGGAUAUUUCAAAUUAAUGUAAAUAUCCUCGUAUUGUAUGGACUCCCGUUCGCAACCUAUAGAGCGGCAGCACCUACAAACUGCCUGUUCCGCGCUCUUCUGCAAUAGAUGGCGAUAACGUCGCUUGGCUUUGUAUGUACGAUUCAUUUUUGUAGUGUGGUGUACUCAAAGAGUUAAGUAUGUAAGUCGGUGUACUGUGUAUGCUGUAUGAGAUCUGUGGAUUUGAGCUGGCAACUGCAGCUUAUCAUUCAUUCAUUCAUUCAUGUCAACUAAUUUUAUAGUGGCAACAUUCAAUAAACGAUGUUUCGUGCCGCUCGCGUUGUCUUGUGAUUUUUCUCCUUGUUUAUAAUUUUCACGAAAAUAACGGAAAAUGAAACAUAACUAUAAUGUUUUAUGUUAGACAAUAAGUAUUUAUUAGUACGUAAUUUAUUUUGCCGUGACCUCUUGCGCUGUAAUUUUUCCAAAGCUGUUUAUCAUGUGUGGCGAAUGUGUCAAGAUUAGAAAGAAACAUACUUUUGCAUCGUAAUACGGAUAAAUAGCGGAGCCGCUACAAAAUGGAGCACUCGGACCUGGUGUCUGAGAUGGCUCAGGUGGAGCACCUCACCACACAGGAGAGGCUCCAUCUAGCAAGGAGGCGUCGCAUGCAGCAGCUAAAACUAUGGCAGCAGCGAGAGAAAGAAUGGGCGCGGUCGCGGGCCAAGCGAGAGAAGAGCACCAAACGAAACAUCUACUUCAGCGACAGCGUCAUGCUUCUAGAGGCCGCUGCUAGAAACGACAUCGACGAAGUUCGCCGCCUACUCUCCCGCGGGGUGACCCCAGACGCUACCAACGAGGAUGGCCUUACCGCUCUCCACCAAUGCUGCAUCGACAACAACGAGGCCAUGAUGCGCCUCCUCCUCGACAACGGCGCCAACGUCAACGCCGAGGACAGCGAGAAGUGGACACCCUUACACGCGGCAGCCACCUGCGGGAACCUCAACUUAGUCAGAAUCCUAAUUCAACGAGGAGCGAAUUUAUUAGCGGUUAACGGGGACGGGAAUAUGCCAUACGAUAUAUGCGAGGAAGAGAGAACGCUGGAUGCGAUAGAGAGCGCGAUGGCGGAGCGAGGAGUAACGCAGAGGUUGAUAGAUGAGACGAGGGCGGCCACGGAGAUGAAGAUGUUGAUGGAUGUUGCUGAGCUCGCUAAAGAGGGAGUGGACUUGGACGAGCCCAGGGACAAUCAGGGGGCUACUCUGCUCCACAUAGCAUCAGCCAACGGGUACCUGAAAGUCGUGGAGUUCCUGCUGGAGCACCGCGCGGCCACCGACGUGGUGGACCACGACACGUGGCGGCCCGUGCACGCCGCCGCCUGCUGGGGGCACUUGGAGGUGCUGGAAAUGUUAGUGCAAUAUGGAGCUGAUCUCAAUGUUAGAAAUAAACAUGAUGAGACGCCUGCAGACAUCUGCGAGGAGGGCGAGAUGCGUGCCCGCAUCGUGCGGCUGGCCGCCGAGCAGGAGGAGCACCGCCGCCGCGCGCACCCGCCCGAGCGCCGCGCCGGCGCCCGCCGCUCCUCCUCCACCGCCAGCAGCAGUCGUGUCCGGUCCGUUCGACGCACGUCGUUACGCGAAAAGCAAAUGGCAGCCAAAGCAGACGCGCGAGGCGAAGCGCGCUUGAGGGAAACCUUCGACUCUGUCGUCGACGACGAUAUGCAGGGCUUAUCGAACGGCGUGGAAAAUGAUCAGAACACUGCUAAUAUACCUCCCGGCGACUUAACGCACAAGCGUCUCUCCACCGGCUCCACCAUGUCCAACCAAAGCGUCGACUCCGGCAACGUUGACUACGCCCCCAAACACCAGUACCUGCCGCACAGAGAGAGCGAGGAAAAAACCUUCACGCAACCCAAAAUAACCAACCCCCUAUUCGGCGUCAACGCCGCCUCACACUACGCCCCCCAACCGGUCCUAGAAGAAGAACCCAAGCACUACGAAAGACCACUACCCAACGGCAUCCGAAAAGCCCCCGAAGGCCAAGACAACGAUACCCUCAAAAACGAGGACGCGAUUGACGGUAGGAAAGACCUAGUAGUGAGCCCGAACCAAAUCGCCCUCACAGAGGGCGCUGCCACCUACACCACAGACAAUAAUGGUAAAAUCAAUGUUCAUGUCACCGUCAUGAUUAACGCAGGCACCCUCGCCGACUUGAAGAAGCAGCGAUCGCAGAUAAGAACAAACGGGAGCCCGGUGGAGAACAGUCUCACAUCAACGAACAACCACAGUAUAACUUCAUUACCGGAGGGCGUAGGCCAGGAGGCGCUACCGGUGCAGCUGAACCCGCUGUCGCUGUCGCCGAGCGCGGGCGCCGUGCCGCGCUUCGCCGGACACACGAGCGACGUCGUCGGGGACACGAGGUCGCGCAGGUGCUGUAUCAUUAUGUAGACUUGUGUGAAAGUGCGGGGUUAAAGUCUGAUUGAUCAUUCCGAAACUAAUUUGGGAAUUUAUUUUUAAUCGUCGAUCAAAUUGGGGCGGUUCGAGUACUAUGCUUGUUGUGUUGAUAGGGUAUUUCUGCAAAAUGUCACUAUUAAGUUACGAAGUGGAACCUAGAAUAUUUGAUUUUCAAACUUAUAAAUGGGUUGAUCAAUUUUAGUUGUGCUCUCCCGUAAGCCAGAAGACAAAUGAAAAAUACUUUACUUAAUAUAAUAAAAUUAUUUGGCUUAAAAAUACUUUCUUUUAAAAAUGUUAUAAUACAUACUCCUAAGUAGAAUUGGGCUUCUGUCUAUGCUGAGAUGUAACAAAUGCAAAAAGAGACAGGAAAAAAUUGAUUGACCCAACUAAAAAGUGACUUCUUGUAAAAAUGGCCAAUAACAUUUAGGUUGUGUAUAUUCUGAAUUAAUUAUGUAAGAGAUAGUACUUCGAAGAGUCCUAGGCCGCCUAUCAAUCCCAUUUGAGAUCAGGUCUCGAUUUUAUAAAGCUACAAAUUACAGUAGUACUAAUCAAAACCGGCAACACUGCUCAAAAGCCCGCUUAUCAUUGGUCAAACAAUGUUGCCAACCUACAACAAUGUGAUUUGUGCUUAUAUAAAAUGGGGUCCAGACGUAUGCCGGUGGAAUUGCCAUUGCAGCUCACAGCUACGGCUUGCCAAUGUGCUAAGAUCAUUGUGAUAGUUGCACGAGCUCAACAGUUAUUGUACCUAGAGGUAAGAUGGUUGCUAAUAUUUUAGUAAAAUCUCUAUAUCCCAGAUACUUAAAUGUUUUCGUGUGUUCUUUUAAAUAGUGUUGUGCUAAAAUUGAUUACCGCAAAACGUGUGUAUGGACCCUUGGGUACUUGUGGUAAAAAAAAACAUCAAUAGGUCGACUAAAGUAAGGACGCUAAACAUGAAGAAUUUCGUACGUUGACCCGCCAUUUCCUAUCCCUAUAUCAGGCGUAAUUAUAUUGCUUUCCCGCCGAUAAUGCCGGCGGUUAAUGCCACUUUGCGAGCGGGACAGCAAUGUAAUCAUGCGCGUGAGAUAAUACCGGCGGUUAAUACCACUGCGAGCGGGACAGCAAUGUAAAUCAUGCGCGUGCAAUAAUGCCGGCGGUUAAUGCCACUUUACGAGCGGGACAGCAAUGUAAUCAUGCACCUGCGAUAAUGCCGGUGGUUAAUGCCACUUUACGAGCGGGACAGCAAUGUAAUCAUGCACGUGCGAUAAUGCCGGCGGUUAAUGCCACUGUGCCAGCGGGACAGCAAUGUAAUCAUGCGCGUGCGUUAAAGAUAGGAAAUCGCGGGUGAAUGUACGAAAUUCUUCGUGCUUACCGUGUUUACCUUUCUAAAAUAUCGGUCACUAAAUGUUGCUUUCUGAAUCCGUUACAAUAUGACAACACUAUUUUGCCUAAGCUGGCCACAAUAUUUGUGAAUUUGACAUAUCAAUAUCUGUCAUUGUAAUUAUCUGGGUUAUAGAAAUAGAGAUAAGUUGUAACAGAUUCCUAUACGUAAGGGUUAUCUUUUAGAUCCGAUGAACGUAUUUUAUAGCGUCAUCUUCGCCUUACCAUUUUCCUAGUUAACAUUCCUUUAUUUAAUUAACUUAUUCAUAUUUGAAAUCAUUAUAUGCGUAGACAAAGUAUUGUGAUUGGAAAUUGAGUACUUAAAAUAUAUUAAAUACUGCAUUAUUAUAUAUUUUAAAGAGUAUUUUGUACAACAUUGCAUUAUUAACAAAAGUAUCAAUCAGUAUUUUAUUCUACACUACGUAUUCUAUUAUAGAACCUAAUUGCAAUACAUAAAGUGCCUCCCGGUUCAGUUGUAAAGCAAAUUAUAUAAAAUGACAUAAAAUAAUAAUAAAUUAUUUUUAAUAUGUAAGAAAUUGAUAUUUAUGUAGCUCGGUAUGUAUAAGUAAUUUAUUAAUAGUUAAAAUGUUUCAGAAGCCCUAUUGGAACAUAAUACUGUGAAUAUGCAUUUAAAACAAGAUACUAUGACAUUUUGUUCCUUAGAUUCGAUCGCUUCUUGUACAAAAAGUAUUUGUUACGUGGACCAUUGCUGGCAAUAAACCUAUUGAUGUAUUGAUACAUAAUCUACAUAUACAACAUAAAUAACAUAAGAAUUUUUCAAACUGGAAUAAGGUACACGGAGAGGCAAAAUACAAACUAAAUUACAAGCUUAAUGCAAUACUAGUAAAGUUAGCUAAAUGAUAUACUUUUAUGUAAUUAGCCCUAUUUUACUAUUUUUGACAUUUAUUCCUUUUACCGUCAACCUUAUUCUGGCAUGAUCUCAUCCAAAUUUACCAACAUUACAAAAAGUUGACUGUCGGAAUUUAGUUUUGAAUUUUACAAAAAAUUUAUCGUAAUUUCUUAUAAAAUCAUGUGACAAUUAUACACACCAUUGGUUUACGGUAAAACGAUUGAUUACAAAUUGAUAAUUCUGACACAUAAUUGCUAAAACGGAACUUAAUGCUAAUAAAUCGUAAUGAUUGCAAUUUAAAAACAUUCCAAAUGACUUCGCAUUGAGUUUCGAAUUUAAGACAAUUGUUAUGAAUACCUACAUAGUGAUUACUUAAUGUUUGGGCGUGAUAUGAGCAAACUAUGUUAACAAUUUACAUUUAUUAAAUUUAACCAGUGUUUUUAUUAAGGGCUGAUUGUUACCUUUUGAUAAAGUACUUGUUAAGAAAUGGUAUAUAACACGAUCAAAGUAGACAAAAUUCAUGUAGAGAUAUACUCGACGAGUGUCUAAACGUGUAAUCAUGCAAACACAAAAUAGUGUUUCAAGUGUUUUGGACAGAAGGUAGCCUGACUAACGUAUGACACGUUGUCUUUCGACUCUAGAGUUGUUACGCGCGUCCUAUGAUUAUGAGUAAUAAACGCGUUCAGCGCUAAAAAUGUCUAGCAUAUCUCUACUUGGAGAUGUAGUACAGUAGUUUAAACUGCCCAUCCACUAAUGAGAUUAAACAGCUGACUGUUGACAAAGUGAGGGGGCCACAGCGCGUUUAGUUUAACAUCCACAGGUUACGACAACGUUUGAGCACGACCCCAGUAGAACUUGUAGACUAAAACCCCCGGUUAUAAGACUUUGGUCUCCCGUUGACGUAGGUAGACUGCGUAAAAGGUGUCGUUAUAUAUGUAGAACCUUGUAUAUUUUAACGCUACACGCAGUGUUACGAGGAAGACCGAGGCCUAAAACCUUUAGCGGCACUAAAUAUAUAUUAAAGUUCUCCGCAUCAUGAAUAUGACAACGUUGUACGUAACGUGUGGAUUGUAAGUGAGUGCCUUUUUCUUGUUCAUCAAUUGCUAAAUACUCUAUGCGUGCCAAUAUUUUCCUAUUCGUUUUAGUCGCGAUCAAAACCUAAACAAACUAUUUGCAUUUUAUCUUUUUGAAGAACUCUUAUUAUCUAUUUAGAUUAUUGUAGUUUAUGCAUUUUACUUUAUUUCUCUCGAUAUUAUCCAGUGUUCAAGGUCUGUGGUAUUCUUGUUAGAUUCUAAUGGCAGCUUGAUCCAUACAGUAGAAAGUUUUUAGAUUAAUAAACUUUGUAUUUUAAAUAUAAACGCGAUUCAAAGCACGAAAUAGUCACAGUAAGUGCGCAGCACGCUGAGUCAAUGAAAUGAUUUAUCCUGAUGAAGGAUUCCAGAGAUAUCCGAAUCAUUUCUGACCUACAGUGGGUAUUGAGUGAGUUUAAUCGGUUUAUAUGAUAAUGUUCUUAUAAUAUUAAUGUCAUGUGGGUUUCAUUAGGUCCCAUCCAGUAGUAAUUCAUUCGUCCAUAUCUUAGUCACUAGUGUAAACAAGUAAUGUAGAUGUUUUUUUAAUCUUCAGUACUUAAAAAGUACUUAGAAAACUAUUGUUAUUAACACUCUUUCGGAACGUGUUAACUUAGAAUAAUAUUACGCAUAAAACAUUUUAAAGAUAUAAAAUAAAUUGGGCUCAUUAUAUCAAUUUAUGAAAGCCCCAACUUAAUAGUCCCAAGAAUAUACUUAAAUAUAAAAUGAUUCAGAAUUGUCUAAGCAAUACAAAAUGGCCUUAUAGAGAGAUAUAUAAGCACAAUUUAUAUUUUGGUUGUUUUUCUUUAUAACAGUAUUAUUAUAUGAAUGCAUUUUACAUAUUUACCUACACAUACUGCGUUUUUGUGAUAUUGCUAUUGUAUUAUAUAAAAAAUAUUAAAACCAGGAAUAGUAUAAAAAUAAGUUGAACCGUUUACAUAUGUUUCAAAUUGUAAUUCAGCGUAAUAAUACAUAUUUACAAAAGAGGUGAUGUGAAAUAAAUGAAAAAGUGUUGGUUGUGAAGAAUGUUCAGUAACGACGUUGGUGUGUAGUGUUUCUAAAAAUAAACCCGAAAAAUAAAUUAAAACCCCACAAAUUUACCAAAAUCCAAAAUAAAGUAGUCUGUUUGCAAUUGUCGUGUUAUGCUGAGAUCAAGGUGAAUUUAUCUGUUAUAUCACUAGUAUAAUUAUAUUCCACUGAUAAGGUCUAAAUUUGUGUUAUAACUUAUAAAUAUAUUUUGUAUAUUAUGAUUAUGAGACCGUUGAUACCAGUGCCUCCAGUCGGUCUUGCCUUAGACGGUGAUAACAACAUUGUCUGUAAACCAUUGAAUACUAUUAGAUGCGUACCUAAAUUAUCAAAGUAUAAUAUAUAGUAGUGAUUUCUGCAAAAUUUCUUAGGGAUAUUUAAAAUAAAAUUUCAGAACAUUGUAUUUAUAGACGUAUUUAUUAUAAGUACUGCUAAACCUUUAUCGAGGAAUGACGUCACAACUCUUGUGUCAAAAUAAGUGUUCUUUUACAUUAGAUGCCUAUUUUAUGUGAAAAUAAUAAUCACAUUUCGAAUGGUUUUGUAGUGUUUUUUAACGCAGUUAGAUCUUAAACGAGUCUAAAGAUUUCUAUUGCUCAUUUUUACAAACUUUUUGCUAAAUUCUUACUAUUUAUACCCUUGGUAGUGUUAGUAAUACAUAUCGAUAGACAUGUUUGGUAUCUCAGUGUUGUCCAUUGAUUCCUAUUAGAUCUUGCCCUCUAGUGUCUUGCCCUGUUCAAACUACAUGCCACAAAUAUACACAUGUUGUGUAGAUUACCUGCAACUAUCCCUAUAACUCUUAGUUUCACAUUAGUAGAAAAUAUAUAACUUACCAACACAAUUUGAGCUUUGUAGUUAUAACAUUGGUAUGAAAACUUCCAUCAAGAGUUUUAUAAAAUAUAUUGAUUAUGUAAUUAUUAUUAAUAGAUUGGAUGUUGUGAAAAUUAUUAUAUACAAUGUUUAUUACUUAAAAAUUACUUACCAUUUCAUUUGAAUGGCAGGUCGGCUUUCGUGUUAGACAUUCUGUCCAUUCUGUGAAAGAACUCAAGUAUGUAUAUUACGAGUCAAUAUUGUCUUAUUCAAAUCUGAUGAUUAUUUUGGUGCGUACAUCCAUUUUACGAUUAUGGGUGUUCAAAGUGCAGCUGAUACUAUUUAUUAUAUUAUUAUUCUAUCAAAUCUUAUGUAACUUAUGUUUAAAUAGAUAAAAGUUAAAUUUGGUACAAAAAGAUAAUUUACCUAACUGUUAAUUUAUAACAUAAAAAAUGCACGUACGAAAACGCAAAAAUGCAAUAUUUACCUAGGUGUGUUAUUCUUACUUUAAUGAAAACUGAUAAUAUUUAAACAUAAGUAUGAAAAAUUCUACUUUUUUGUUAUAAUGUAAAAAUAAACCAAUUGUUUAAACCAAA